AUGUCAGGGUUCACAUACUCUUCUGAACAGAAGAAACACGGUUUGUUUGUAAAUGAAUCCUUGGAUGUUAUUGAUUCGAUGGUGAUAGUUUUUCUAGACGUGACACCAUUUGGACAGUUGUCAGCUACAGCAAUUCCCACACGUUUACUAGCACGAUCGUGUACUGUAAACAAACCAUCCAUAAAUACAUCGCCCAGCAGUGUAAAACUGCCUUCGGAGAUACCAAACACGCGACACGUGGCUUCUCCUAAACCUGUGGACAAUACGAUUGGUCGCCAAAUAUACUCAGCAGGAAUUGUGAUCGUCAUUUGCUGCGCCUCGUUACCAUCUACUGCAAGUGAGAUGGUUAGUCCAGUCAUCGCUGAAAAAUGA